AUGGAUCUCCCCAAGACCCCCCGCGCAGGUGCCGCGUAUGGGCUGGCGGCCAUUGCAAUCGGUGACCGUGUCACUCUACCUGAAGGCCAGGUUGCCGUGCUUAAAUAUGUCGGCCCCAUCGAUGGUAAAACGGGCGAGUUUGCUGGUGUUGAACUUGUUGACGAGUACGCAUCAAUGGGCCGUCACAAUGGUGAUCAUGCAGGCCGUCAGUAUUUUUCUACAGAAACACCCAUGUCUGGGCUUUUCAUCUCGUAUCCUAAACUCAUUCGUUCGAACUCGGCAGCAACUGCAGCCACUGCAAGAAAAUCAUACAUUGGUCGAAGAAGUUCUUUCACACCAACAGGAGGAGGUCUUCCCAAUCGCUCAACAAACUCAACACGCUCUACUGGUAGACCUUCCUCAGUUCUUUCUACAGGCAGUAAUGGAAGUGGUAGUGUUCCCUCUUUCCCUUUACCAACACCGACUGCUUCUUCUUCUUCUUCAUCACAAGCUCCCAACAGACUUAGAUCCCCACAGGCUGGUUCCACUCAGCUGCGCGCUAGCACACCCACUUUUAAGCGGCCACCAUCCUCAGUUGCACCUAUGAAACUUGACCAAGCAUUCCCAAGUAUAUCUGCAGAUAAACGUUUCUCCAGCUCAAGUUCUGAUUUUGGAGAUAAUAAUAAUAGUCCCUCACAUGCAGGCACCCCAUCAACACCCCUUACUUUUAACAGCGACUAUUUCGAUGGAGAAUCCCAUCACAAUCACCAUCACUCGUCAUCAAUUGAUGAUACCAGUAGUAUUAAUAGUGGGAGUCUGAGAGAGCCUCAGGGUAAUACCAGUGCAGCAAUAGCAAAUGCAGUAGCUCAUGCAGUUUCAACAGUCCAAGCUGAAGCCCAACGUGAAAUUUUCGAAUUGCGCAAACAGAUUCAAGAACGUGACGCACAACUCCAACAACAAUCUGAAGAACUCCAAGAACUAGAAAAAACUGUACUUGAGGUUGAACAAAAUAUGAGCAAUGUGGAUACCAAGUCUCUCGGUAGUAGUGCAAUUAGCGUAGAAAUUGAACAACUCAAACAAGUACACCAUAGUGAACUAGAGGCUGCCUUGGAAGAACGCGACCGCAAGUUUUCACACAUGAAGGCACAAUUUGACGAAAAACGUAAUGAGUUCCGCAAAACAAUCGAUGCUCUGCAAGUAGACUUGCAAGAAUCAAACUCGGUAUAUGUGCACGAGAUUCAAACAUUACAGAGUAAGCUUGCCGAAGCUGAAAAAGUAACAGAGCGUGUUAAUGAGCUUGAACAAUUAAUUCAGGAUUUGGAAGUCAGUGCAAACUCGGCAGCUGCUGCUCCUGCAGCUGCUGCAACCUCUACAAACAUUGAUGAACAAAGAGACGCUAAAGCGCAAUUUAAAAAGCUUGCUGACGCAGAAAAUAAACUGUUAGAGAAUGAAGGUCGGUUAAGCGAUCUAAUGGCACAGCUGGAGGAUGCACGCAGCAAGAUUGCAAUUUUAGAGGCAGCAGCUGCAUCAGUGACUGCCAGUACACCCGCAUCACCCAUCUCAUCUUCACGUCGUACGAGCUUUAUUCCUAAUAAUAAUGAGGCUCACCAGAAACAAGUUGAUGAGCUUAAGAAGCAGAUUGAGGAGCUUAAAAGAACCGUGGAAGACUUGACAGAUGAUAAGGAGAUUAUGGGACAUCGCUUGGAGCAGGCCCAACUUGAAAAGGAAAUUGCUGAGAAUGAGGCUGGUAUCUUUAAGCAAGAACUGCAAAAGGAACGCAAGGGCAGGUUGAAGGCUGAGCAAGAAAUGAGUGAAUUGCUCAAGAAACUGGCCAAGGCUGAAAUGGAUAUGACAAAGCUUGAGGAAAUGCUUGAGGAAAAGAUUUUCCAGCAAACUGAGGCCGAGAAUGCCCGUCAAGCCGCUGCGUUAUCGUCGUCGUCGUUAUCGUCGUCGUCGCCAUCUGCUAAUAAAGUUUCUCCAGUGAAGAUUGCAAUCAACAGAUCUUCACCUAAAAAAUCGACUUCCAGCGUAUCCUCAUCACCUUCAUCUCCUGCUACACCAACCCUUGACGCGUUGCUUGACGAACUCCCCCAGCAGUCGCCCACAAGUGCGGCCGCUUCUGCAGCCUCUGCAGUUUCACUGGCUAGCAUGAAAAUUCCAUCAUCCAUGGCACCUCUCGCUCCUGCGCACACAUCACCUCCACCUUCUAUUCCCCUGCCGCCGGCAGGUUCUGGGGCUAGAAAAGAGAGCAUGGGUGUUAGUCCAAAUACUGCGACACUCGGUAAUGUUCCUGAUUUGUCUGUGGCAACACCAACCAAACCAGGCAAUAACGGAUUUGAUAGUGGUGCCACGACAAUUAAGCAGAUUGAUUUGGCCGAUGGACGAGAUAAAUGGUGUGGAUUGUGUGAACGAGAUGGUCAUGAUAGUCUUAAUUGUCCAUUUGAAAAAGACUUUAACGAUGAUGAUGAGUUUGAGUUUUAA